GUGUUUUUGGCAAGAUUUCGCUUGUGGUCCAACAAGAAAAGUAGUGCAUUUUCCACAUUCUAACUUUUCAAAAACUCAAACUCAUUCGUUUCGACUUCUAUAGUAGCACACCCUUCACUGUCCGUCAUGUCCAGCAGCUCCACAGAGGUGACGCCCGAGCAGCAAAAGCAGAACGUCGAAAAGGUAGAAGCUGGCGCCGCCUCCACCGAUGCUGUCCAGCCUGAAGAUACAUCCGCCGAGAAGCAAAAGAUUCUUGCACCUAUUCCUUCCGUCAAUGUUUGGCAGGUUAGAAAGACCAGCUCUCCCAGCAACGAAGAUGCUCCAUCAAAUACAACUGAAAAAGUCGAGCAAUCUCAAGAAGAUUCAACUUCCUGGCCUGCUCCAAGUGAGGCUAAGGAAUUGCCAGUAGAAUCCGCCGAAAAGAAGGAAAAGCGUCCCCCAAGAGGCAAGGGACAAUGGACCGCUAUAACUCCCACCAUUACUCAUACCACUCCCGUUCCCGGAAGCCGUUCAUCUCGGUCAAACCGUCGUCGCAGUGACAGUGAGAACAAGAAGAAAUCACACCGUGCUCAAAAGGAUAACGCAUCAAUAGAAUCCAAGUCUAGCACUCAAGACAAGUCAAAUGCUGCCACUUCAGAAGGCAAAUUAUCUCAGUCGCCUGCUAACAAAGCCAGUGGUGAAGCCAAUGGAGCAUUGGAGGCUCAUGCUCAGCGAGGUGCUUACCGAGGCCGUGGUGCUACUCGUGGUCGUGGCCGUGGCCGUGGUGGCUACAGUCAGACUUCCACUGGUGCUCCUUAUGUCAAUGGACGCCCUAAGCCUGGAUAUGUUAAUGUCGACGCUGAGACUCUCAAAGCUUUCCUUCUUCAACAACUUGAAUACUACUUCAGCAUUGAUAACCUUUGCAAAGAUAUCUUUUUGCGCAAACAGAUGAAUGAUCAAGGUUACGUCGAUAUAACACUUGUUGCAAACUUCAACCGGGUCAAGAAUCUUACAACCGAUAUGGAUCUCAUCAAAGAAGCUCUUGCUCAGAGCGAAUUGGUAGAAGUUUUGGACGACAAAGUUCGCAAGAGAGAAGGCUGGGACUUCUGGCUUUUGGCUGCUGAUAAGCCCCAGGAGCAGGAAGCCGCCACCGCUCCCGCCGCACCUGCUGCCAAGGAGGCUCCUGCUGAGCCUGCCAGUGAGCAGCCAAAGCCUACCAUUGCUGAAGUAGCAUCCAAGGUUGCUACCAAGCCUGCCCCAUCACUUGCUGCCUUGGCUGGUAACACCCAUCACUCUCCCAACCCUAAGAGACCACAACCUCAAUUGAACGGCAACGGCCGUGCACCGAACUCUGCAUCGGCAAAGGCUCAACCAGCUGGAGGCGAGGACGAUGAAUUGUUCGAAUUCGAAGAAGACUGGGGCGAUAAUGCGCGUGAAGGUACCGUCAAGAAGUACUAUCUUUCUGAUGAAGAUUCUGACGAUGAUGAGGAUUCCAUCGACAUUGAUGAUGACAUGGUCGCUCGUAUCAUGAUUGUUACUCAACGCAAGCGUGACAAGAGCCAUGUGUCGUUCGAACGAUCCAAGAUGAACGACGAGAUCUCCGAUAUGAUUAAUGAAGGAUUGUACCAUUAUGAGGAUGACCUUCACAAGAAGAAGACACGAACCAGCACCACCAAUGCUGCCAACAACGUUAAGGUCGAAACCGUGGAUCCUGACCAAUUCGCUGAGCUUAGUGCUAGUGCCAAGGCUGCUGGCCAUGGUGGCCAAUCUCUUACCGGAAACAACAUGUCCUCCACCAAGAUCACCCAGGCACCUAUCAGCACUGGCAAGAAGGCACCUCGAUUCUAUCCCGUUCGAGCUGAAUCACUUCCUCAAAGUGCCAUCUAUGGUACCAGCGCCGGAUCGCUUCCUCGUUCUAAUGCUGUUACCAGUGGUAACAAGAAGGACUCUAGACAAUAUCAUGCUCAAUCUGCCGUCGGUUGGGUCCUCAGCGAUCAACCUUACCACUACAACCCCAAUGAUCUCUUGUCUUCCAGCUACACUGGUACAUCUCCCAUGUACACUGCUGGCGAAUCUAUUUUAUCUACUUCGGUUGAUAUGGCUCAAUCAUUCCCUAACUUCCAACAUCCCAGUCACGAUCUUUUGCGUGAAAAUGGUUUCAUGCAGCACAAGUACUACAAAUACCAUGCCAAGGCUCUUAAGGAGCGCAAGAAGGCUGGUGUUGGUCAGUCACAAGAAAUGAACACCUUAUUCCGUUUCUGGUCCCACUUUUUGCGUGAUCACUUCAACAAGCGCAUGUAUGGAGAAUUCAAGCGUUUAGCGGUUGAGGAUGCUAAUCAAAACUAUAGAUAUGGUUUGGAAUGCCUGUUCCGAUUCUUCUCUUAUGGCUUGGAGAAGAAGUAUCGUCUCGAGAUUUUCGAGGACUUUAUGGAGUUGACGCUCAAGGAUUAUGACAAUGGAUACUUGUAUGGUCUUGAGAAGUUCUGGGCUUACUUGUAUUACCGCAAGGACAAGAACAAGCGCAAGUUGCCUGAAAACGAGCGUUUGAACAGCAUUCUUGCUAGAUACAAGACUUUAGAAGACUUCAAGAAAGCCGAGCCCUCCAAAGUUCAUACCGAAACGUAUACUGUCCCACAUCACGGCAAACCAAGAGGUAGCGUUAGCGGGCUUUCUGCCACAGCUCAGUAAAGUGCCUUACCAUCCUAUCUCAAAAAAAAAAAAAUGAAUUCAACAUCUCAAUUUCCAAUAAUUCGACAAAUACGAUAUAUUUGACACAAAUUGCAAUAACAUAGACAAUUUUUUUUUGUUCCAAG